GAUUAUUCAUGUGAUUGUCAUGGUGACGUUGGCGUAAAUAAGAGUCUCCCAUUGGUAACUCGGUGUCGAGCAGCUCCAACCAUCAUAACAUUGCAAUCGUUGAAAACACGACUAUUAUCAUAAUUUUAGCUGAAUUUACAGAUAUCAGGCAACAUGCCCCGCAGUGUGGUUAGUUCUGCUGGAAGCUCUUCUGGGGGCUCAUCAGCAUCCCGUAGAGCCAGAACUCGUCAGUAUUACACUGUCAAUAGAACCUCAGAUGUUGAUGAAUCACUGUUCGGUUCACCGCAUAAAGACACCCUGAUUAGACAGCGGAAAGAGAAGGAACACACUGAAGACAUCUUUGAAACCAAACCAGCAUCUGGUAAAACUUCAGGUCGACGAGCAAAGCCCAAAAAGAAAGAAGAGGUACAAGUUAUAACUAAAGAUCUUAUUCGUAAAUUAAUUGUACCAAGUGAAGAUCCAUCAGGUCAGUCAUGUAUCUUGGGACGGUCAGAGUAUUCAAGAAUCUUAAAUGCUGCCAGAGUACUCACAGAUGAAGAACGUGAAGCCAUGUUUGGUAACAUCAAAGAAGAAAAAGAUGCAAUGCUGGAUGCUGUCGCAGAACGUAAAAGAUUCAUACAAGAAAUGGACCGCAGUAGAAAGAAAAAUGAGAAGUUAUCAGACUUAGAUGAGGAGGCCAAACGGCAGGCUGAGUAUCUUUUAGAGAAGGCCAGAGAACAGAGAGAAGAACAAGAAGAUGAAAUUAAACAUCUCAAUGAGCUUAUCCUGAAUGCCAAGUGCCAUGCAAUUAGAGAUGCUCAGAUCUUAGAGAAGGGGCAGGUGAAGGAAGAGAUGACAGACGAGGAGAAACGCCUUGACCUAAUGAUGGAGGUCGACAGACAAAAUGCCCUGAAACUACAGGAAGAGAUUGAAAGCCAACGUAAAGAGGAAAGAUUGGCAGGGAAACAUGUUAUCCUGACUCAGAUUGCAGAGAGAGAGGAAGAACGACUUCUCGAUCAGGAAAAGAAAGAUCAGGAAGCACACCAGAUGUUGAAAUAUCUUGAGAAAUUACAAAUAGAGGACUUGAAGGCUUUAGAAAGGAAACAUGAACAACAAUUAGAGUCACAGAAAGAAAUUAUGCGAGCGAAUAUAGAAUCAGAGAAGACACGUGAAGUGAGAAAAGAGCAACAGAAACUGGAAGAGCAGAAGGUGGUGGAGUAUAUGAAGCAGAAAGCUGAGCGAGAAGCUGCAUUUGAAGCUGAACAGGAAAGAAAGCGAAUUGAAAAAGAGAAGGAAGUUGCUAGGUUGCGCGCAAUGCAGGAGCGUGCUAAAGAUUACCAAGCCGAGAAAGAUAUGCUGCGUGCAAAGCGAAAUCAGGAACAGCUGGAAAGAGAAUGGAGAAAGAAGGAAAGGGAGGAAGCAAUGAAGAAAGCAGAGACUGAGAAGAUGUUGAAGGAUGCUCGUGAAAUUCAAGUUAUGAACAAAGAACACUUCCUGGCUGUGCAAGCUGCCAGAGAGAGGGCAGAGUUUGAGAGAGUAUUACAAGCACAGAGAGAAGAGAUGGAUGCAGAGAAGGCAAAGGAGGAACACUUCCGGUAUAGAAAGCUUGCUCAUGCAGAUGAUGUGCGUAAACAGAUCCGUGAGAAAGAACAAUUGAAAAUUGCAGACAGAGAUUCAUUCUUUGAGGAAGGAAUUAAAUUGGAUGAAGAAGCUAGAGCUAGAAGAGCAAAAUUGGAUGAAAUUAAGAAAAAGAAACUUGAUGAACUGAGGAAUGCUGGUGUUCCCGAGAAAUACUGCGCUGAAGUUGAAAGAAGGAUAAAUGCACCAACGGUUACGUUAGUUAUGAAAUAAGUCCCUUUCCCCAAAUGUGUAAAAAAACUCAAAUAUAUUUUAAAGACAUUUCAAUUUUGUUGAUUUCACUACAAAUGUAUGUGAACAGCAAAAAUUUGGUUGAUUUUUUUAAGAAUAUUUCUGCGAUAUCCAAACUGUGUGAAAUAAAUUGUUGAGUUGUCUAUAUGCAGUAGUCAUUGUAAUUUAAUUCGACUAAAAUUGAUAUUUUUACAACUUAUCGUACCUUCUGAUUCAUGACUGGGGCAAUGGGACUCAUCCCCCAUCUGCUUUCAAUCGUGCAUUAACAAUAAAUAAUCUACUUCUAGUUGUUUACAUCAUUUCCAAGUUGUUAUUAGAAUUACACGGUUUUAUUUUGUAAUAUAUGACGUGUAAUUAUUUCUAAGAGAAAUGUUGAUAUGUGUAAAUAAUUUGUAUAAUAUUAAACAGUUUGUUACCAAAA